CCAUUUCGCAGCACACACCCUUUAGCCCUCUCAACCCCUCUGUGUAGUGUGCCAUACCACUUUCAUUAAUUCAUACUUACACAAUCUUCCCUUCAUCCCUACCCGGCUAGCUAGGUUACGUUGCUACACCUAAUUAAUAUUUCCUUGCAGAGCAAACUCAGAAAGAGAGCAUCAUGGUGAGCGUUGACGAGAUCAGAAAUGCUCAGAGAGCACAAGGGCCAGCGACAGUGAUGGCCAUAGGAACGGCCACUCCACCAAACUGUGUUGAUCAGAGUACCUAUCCUGAUUACUACUUCAGAAUCACCGACAGCGAGCACAAGACCGAGCUCAAAGAGAAAUUCAAGCGCAUGUGCGAAAAGUCAAUGAUCAAGAAGAGGUACAUGCACUUGACCGAGGAAAUCCUCAAAGAGAACCCUAACGUGUGCGCGUACAUGGCACCUUCUUUGGAUGCAAGACAGGACAUGGUAGUGGUGGAAGUGCCCAAGCUGGGGAAAGAGGCGGCCACCAAAGCUAUCAAGGAAUGGGGACAGCCCAAGUCUAAGAUCACUCAUCUCAUCUUCUGCACCACCAGCGGCGUGGACAUGCCCGGCGCCGACUACCAGCUCACCAAGCUCCUCGGCCUCCGCCCUUCUGUCAAGCGUUACAUGAUGUACCAGCAAGGCUGCUUCGCCGGCGGCACGGUCCUCCGUCUCGCCAAGGACUUGGCCGAAAACAACAAGGGAGCUCGCGUCCUCGUCGUCUGCUCAGAGAUCACCGCCGUCACCUUCCGCGGGCCCAGCGACACCCACCUGGACAGCCUAGUGGGCCAAGCCCUCUUCGGAGACGGUGCUGCCGCCGUCAUUGUGGGCUCCGACCCCCUGCCCGUGGAGAAGCCUCUGUUUGAGCUGGUGUGGACGGCUCAGACCAUUUUGCCGGACAGUGAGGGAGCCAUUGACGGUCAUCUUCGCGAGGUCGGCCUCACCUUCCAUCUGCUCAAGGACGUUCCGGGGCUCAUCUCCAAGAACAUUGAGAAGGCCUUGGUGGAAUCGUUCCAGCCGUUGGGGAUCUCUGAUUACAACUCCAUCUUCUGGAUUGCUCACCCGGGUGGGCCUGCGAUUCUGGACCAGGUUGAGGCGAAGCUGAGCUUGAAGCCCGAGAAGAUGAGGGCAACGAGGCACGUGCUGAGCGAGUACGGGAACAUGUCGAGUGCGUGCGUGUUGUUUAUUUUGGACGAGAUGAGGAGGAAGUCUGCUCAAGACGGUCUCAAGACUACCGGUGAAGGGCUUGAAUGGGGUGUUCUGUUUGGGUUUGGGCCUGGUCUCACCGUUGAGACUGUGGUUCUCCACAGCCUGGCUAUUAACUAAGAGGCCUUAUAGCUUACCCAGAAAACUAGUGGCCCAAUAGUGAAAAAUUUCUACUACUUCCACUUUUUGUGGCUCUCUUGGAUGGUUUCUUCAUUUUUUUUUUUUAUUUACAGCGUAAUGACUCAUGAAAAUGUAUCCGCUUUAUUUAUGGAAAGUUGGUCUGUGUUAAUGUCUUCAGUUUAGAGUGCAAAACAGUUUGCAAUGUAAAGAUUACGAUGUCGAUGGGUUAUAUAUAAUAUUCAUUUCUUACUUGAA